AUGACUCUUGGCUUGUACCAUUCAUUGUAUGAAUGGUUUCAUCCAUUUUACAUGAAAGAUGUUGCAAACAAUUUUUCAACACAGGAUUAUGUUAAGGUGAGAGACAUAAAAUCAAACUGUUUGAUGUAUCUAUAAAAUUUUUAUUAUUAAUUAGUAUAACAGUUUAAAAUAUUUUUUUAUCAUGAGAAAAAAUUACUAUAAAAUUUCAAAAAUGAGCCCCUCCAAAUACAAAUGUGAAUAUGUUAUUGCCCUCCGUUAUAAAUACCCUCUGCAUAAUGUGCCUCCUCUAAGUAUAAACUACUUAAAUUGAUGGUGCUUUCAAGUAUAUGCUUGCUGGACUUACUUUUGGAAUUUUAAACCAUGUUACAACGUGUUCUUCCUGCGACGUGACAAUAUAUAGCAUAACAGCAUCAGAACCCAGGUGGGAGGGCACUCCCUAUAAUGCCCUAUAACAGAAGGCUCCGCCCAAAAGGGGUACCUUUUUUCAGGCUUCUGGUAUAUGGAAGGGUAGGGAUUUCUCUAAUUGAAGUAUAUGAAAGGGGAGGGAAAUCUGUCAUUUUAGUUUGUAAAAAGGCCCAAAAGGGCUAGCAGAUGCAUUUUAUGCUUUGAAAAAGUCGAGAAAACGUUUUGGUUUUGUGAUUUAUUCAUAUUUCAAAGACAGUGUAUUAAUUUACAGCAGUUAACAGGGAUGCGAAGUUUGUAAAUUGGGUACGUGAAAGGGAUACCAUUUGUCAAUAGAAUGUACAUAUAUAUGAAACUCAAAGGGGUACCUUUUUUGUCAAAAAUGGUAUGUAAGAGCAGUGGCGGAUCCAGGGGCCCCACCCCAGCCUCCGCCCCUUAUUUUUCGAACAAAAUAAGGCAAGAAGGGCCGAAAAAAAUUUUUUCAGACACUGCCCCCCCUUAACUCAGGGUCUGGAUGACCCCCCCGUUAUCUGAAGGUCUGGAUUCGCCACUGGUAAGAGGGUACUAUUAUAGGGGUUAGACCGUAGGGUGGAGCCUCCCCGUAUAAAACUUUUUAAAUUUGUUGAGUACUUACUUGUAUCAUAGCUAUGACAGUAAUGCAUUUACUGUUUUGUGAUGCUCACAUUAUAUCAUAUAUCAACUAUUAUUACCAGAAACUCAUAAGGGGUUGAACAACCCCUUAUGAGUUUCUGAUAUUGCAUCAUAUAAAUACCAGAAUGUGUUGAAACCAGAGCUGUAUGACUUGAUCAAUACAUACAAGCCUGAGUAUCUAUAUGCCGAUGGACCACAUGGACCUGAUACUUACUGGGGUAGCCAGGAGUUCUUAGCAUGGCUGUACAAUGAAAGGUAGCCUGAAAAUAGUGUUAAUGUGUAAUUUUUUAAGAGUGUAAUGUAUAGUAAAGCUUGUGUGAAAAAAUGGCCCUGAGUUAAGUCAAAUUCAGAAAACAAGUAACAACUGAGGUAUUUCAGAAAUGACUAUUGUGUUGUGACCAAUCACAACAAAGAUCUGGAAAGGCGAGCAAGCCACAAAACCUUCACAACCUAAUGACCAUUGUCACUUAGCCUGCUUAGCUUUCUCAUGCCUGAUUGGCUAUUUUUCCCAACUUUUGUAACAAAUAACCAUCCAGAAGAAUUUUGGUGAUCACAAGUACACAGUUUUCUGAGUUUCACACAAGCCAUUCAAUUAAAAAACCUCGGACACAAGAAAGACAUAAGCCUCAAGACCAUAAUCCAGUGAAAAAUUAUCAACUUGUCAAAGGAUAAGUUUUAAAAAACACUGGCGUCUCAAAGGGUAGCUAGUGCUCCUGAGCCCACCUGGUUAUGUUAAAAAGGUCAGCAGAUAUUUCCUUUUGACAGCUAUCAAUUGACUUUGAUAUGGAUCAAACAAGAAUAGUGCAUACUGUAUUCCUCAUUGCUAAAAUUGGCAGUCUUUUUAUGUGUGGGUAUAAAGCAGGAUUACAGCAAGGGGAUCAAGGACAGCAAUUUUGUAACUAGGUAAGUUUUCUGUCAGGGUCUCAGUGGAGUUUGGCCUGCGUCAGAUGUCCCAGAUGUUACCUAACCCGGAUUAGUAACAUCUGCGAUGCAGCACAUAUAUCCUUGUUCUGGGCCCCAAACAGACUCAAUGAAUUACCAGAAAUGCGUUUUGAAAUUUGCUUCAACCUGAUUGGUGAAUUGACAGUGGCUUUUUUAAAAGGCCAAUGAUAGCAUGCAAUCAAAUCCUGAUACACUGGUGGGUCAGCCCUGAACAAGGGUUUCAGUAACCAGAAGUUAGUUCUGUCUGUGGUGCAGGUUAGGUGGAGAAUUGAAUAUUGUUUAUACUCUUGUUUUAAUAGUCCUGUUAAAGACACCAUUGUGACAAAUGAUCGUUGGUGUGACAAUGGUUGUAAAUGUCAUCAUGGAGGCACUUUCACUUGCACAGAUAGAUAUAAUCCAGGUAAACUAUUGAGCUAUGUAUUUUUUAAGCUACUAUAGCUUACAUUACCAGGUUAUAUUUUUAAACCAUCUCUUUCCAAAUUUGGCAUAGUCCCAGACACCACACUGUUUUUCAAACAUUUCCUGUGGUACCAAAGAUUGACAGUUCACAACAUUUUACAGGAACACUACAAAAGCACAAAUGGGAAAAUGCCAUGACUGUCGACAGAUAUUCAUGGGGCUUCAGGCGGAACAUGAUUUUUGAGGAUGUUUUAGACAUGAAGGAACUGUUAUACCAACUGGUUUCCACCGUAAGGUUAGCAAACAUUACAGUUACUAUAGAGUUGUCUUUAAUUGACAUUUUAAGAAUAAUUUUCGAAAUAAAUGCUAAGUAAUUUUAGCUCAUGGCCACCUCGUUCCGAGGUAGACAAGAGCCCUGGGAAUGCAAGUUUAAUUCAUGGCCAGGUUUUCCAGUUUCUACCUUUUAACUCCUUGUCAGAGAAAAAUCUAUUACACUGUUCAGCCAUGGUGAAAAUUAUCGAAUAAACAUAUAAUAAUCUGCCAAAAAAGGUAAUCCCUUAAUGUUGAUUUUUGUUGUGCUCAUUUCCAUAAUAUGGAGCAAGUUCAAGUUUUAACUGAAGUGGUGUCCAUUUUAUAUAGCUGUGGUGGAAAUAUGCUCAUGAAUGUUGGACCAACAGCAGAUGGCAGAAUUGUGCCAAUAUUCCAACAGCGACUGCUGCAGAUGGGAGAAUGGCUGUCUGUCAAUGGUGAAGCUAUUUAUAGCACCAAGCCCUGGAGAGCUCAGAAUGAUACCAUCAACCAACAUGUGUGGUAAAUGCAAUAAGAUUCUACAUCAGCAUAAUAUUUUGGGGAAACUGCCCACCUACCCUUCCCUUAAAAUAACAUUUUGCCCCAAGUAGGGGUUAUAUUCAACUUUGGCUUAGGGAAGGGGUAGGUAGGCAUUUUUCCUGAAUUUACACUUAUGUAAUAGACCUCUUAAACUUUUAUGUUUUGUUUUCCCAAUGAAGACGAAGGUCUCGGGGAAAUUUGCCCAUUUGUUAGCGUAGGCCAUACGUACAUACGCACGGAAUAAGACAAAAGAGUUCUCUGGAGUAUAUUCUUAAUCAGUAUCUCAAGUUAGCAUUUUGGAUAAAAAUUUUUUUUGUCAAAUAGCGCGAUAAGUCCACUGUUUCUGGUUUCUGUCAAACUUUCAUUUAAAUUUCUUAACACUUUCAGUGUGUAAAUUAGAUUUCUGCCUUUCGUUUCGAGAGCCACCCGUUUACUUUGGCGUUCCACCUAAUUAACACUUGAGAAUGUAAAUUGUAUUAAAAACUUUCCUCGUAACAUAUAUUUGGGCGGCCUGUGAAUGGGUAUGAAUGUAAUGAUCACGAUCAUGGAAAACCUCCACGAGUGACUGCAACCAUCGUUUUUAUAAGUAAUGUACGUUUUAAUAAUUACAUACGACCAAUGGCUUUGCUUGUCGUUCUUUUUAAAACGUUGUCGAUUUGCAAUUCUCCUUUACUGUUUUUUCUGUUAGGUACACUUCUAAACUUGAUGCAGUGUACGCAGUUCUUCUCGAGUGGCCUUUAACUGAUGAACUUACCCUCGGAGCUCCAAUCAGCGCCAGUGGAACUCAAGUUACUAUGCUGGGUUACGAAGGGGAGUUUAACUGGAAACCAGCUACUGACAAAGGCGGAAUUAUUGUAACUUUCCCUAGUAUCCCUGUGAGCAAGCUUCCUUGUCAAUGGGCGUGGGCUCUCAAACUAGAAAAUGUCAAGUAG